AGCAUCUGAAGCAUAACAGCUUUUUCUUCAGAAUUAUCGAUCUCUUACCUUAACACACUUAUUUCUCCCAUUAAUCAAGAGAGAUCUAUCAUUACUCAUUAUGGCAGAACAAGGUAACAGAGAACAUGUUUCACUAGAUGUCAAUUUAAUAUCGAGGUACAAAACAAUGGUUUUAGGUGACCCUUUCAUCUCUACAAAUACUUGCAUCUUCAGAGUUCCAGACAGGAUCAAGAUGCAAAAUGCACGGGCUUAUGAGCCCUAUGCCUUUUCACUUGGUCCCUGGCAUUUUGGCAAGCAACAUCUCAUGGAUGCACAAAAGUUCAAAAUCUACUUUCUUCAAGGACUUGUUCGUCGUUUCCCAAACCCAGAUUCAAAAGUUGAAGAGCUAGAACAAGUUAUCAAGGAUGUUCAGAGCCGCGCUUCUGAAUGUUAUGGGGAUUGGGCUGCCAUCAAUGUCACCAAAGAAGAAUUUGAGAAAAUUCUGAUGCUGGAUGGCUGCUUUAUCAUCGAGUUGCUUCGGAAGUUAGCUGCUGGGAAAACCAAAUGCCUUGGUUUGUGCUUGAACUCUUGUAUGACCGGACCAGUGGCAAUGGAAGCAAGCCUUUGGCUGAAAUUGCUACGGAAUUCUUCAUCAGGUCUGCAUUUUCACAUGACAUAUUACAGACAGAGCCUGAGAUACUAUCCAGCAUUGAGAUCAAACAUAUCCUUGAUCUAGCAAGGCAUUACUUGGGUUU